AUAAUUUCUCUUAUCUAACAACAAAAUAGUUCAGUAACACUGAAGUCACGUUUUGUUCUUCUAUUCAGAGUUUAGCACAGAAUCAAACUUUUUCGCUAUCGUAACGUCCGGAAGAAUGUUGAUCGUAAUAGCUGUCCUUUUUGGUGCUUUUUCAGUGGUGAAUUCUCAGUUUUUAAACUGUCCCUGGGUCAAUAGUUUGGACUGUACAACUUACACCCCUUCAGUCGACUGUGGUUCAGACGGUGUCACCUACCCAAACAGGUGCUACUUAGCACAACAAAUAUGUGUAGAUAAUAAUCUACAUAUUCUACAUGAGGGUGCCUGCCUGUCAUCCGAAGCAAGCACGACCCCGUCACCAAACUUUGUCCAUGGAAAUGACGCUGUGCUUGAUUUCUUCUGUACUACACUUAGUCACCAACAAUGUGGACCCGAGAUACAAGAAGUAUGUGCAACCGAUGGCAGAACUUACCUAAAUUACUGUGAGUACGACAAGGCAAGAUGCACGCACCGGAAUCUCAGAGUGAAAGACUUUGGACCUUGUGUUUGAAAUAUUCAUAUUUCAUCAACAAUGAAUGUAUUUUAAUUGUAGCAACAUGCGACUCAAUAUAAAUAUAUAAACUUUUGUUGUUGAGA